GUUUAUUUACUCAUGUUUUGUUGUGUUUAUUUUUAUUUUAUGUUCAGGGUUGUUUUAUGUCGUGUUUGUGUUCAUUUAAUUAUGUUUUUAUUGAAGUUUAUUUAUGUUGUUGAGUUUAUUUUUAUGUUUGUUCAGUUUAUUUUUAUGUUCGUUAUACAAUCAAGUUUUUCUCAUGUUUUUCUAAUAUAAUGCUUGUUUAUUUCAUUUUACGCUUGUUUUUAUUUGUUUAUUCCAUUUAAUUUCAAUGUUAUUUUCACAUGUUUAUUUUAAUAUUUCAUCCGAACAUAUUUACCAGGCCUUCUUGUUUAUAUGGGAUGGUUGUGCUUUAGUAUUACUACCUUUACUCUGGCUCAUACUUUUAUGCUUUUUUUGUUCUCUACUCGUUCAAAGCAUUUUCCUCCUCCAAUCCUUGUUGUCCUUAGCAGCCGGAUUUUCUUCUCUCCUUUUGUUCUCCCUAACUUUCCUGCUUGUUUGUUGGUUAGGUACAGCUCGCCGCAUGGCUGCUGGUCUAAAAUGGUUUCAAAUUUGUCGGACUGGGGACCAAUCAUUCAAUGGUGCCCUUAACUAUUUUUUAAACAAAUUAUUUCCUCUUCAAGAAAAACAAUUUUUUGAUUAUGAUGCUUAUACAUGUGCUCGUCUGCACGAAAAAUUAGCAGACUUGAGGCCCUGUUUUGGAAGACGUUUUGGCCAUUUAGUGUGUGGACAGAAUUUUAGAAUGCUCUCCUUCGGCCUUUUCUGUAUUUUAUGUAUUGGAGCUAUUAUUGGAGGAAUAACAACAAAUAAAAAUAAUAAUUCAAUCGUUAAACUUGAAGCUUCACACUUUUUAUUACCCAAAAGUCAAAGCCAAUUAUUCAUAGAAAAUUUCCAUUUAUCCUUUCCUAAAUAUGAGGAUUUUAUUGAAAUCAAUUUUGACGGUCCUAUGGACUAUGAAGAAAGAAAAGAACACAUUUUUGCUCUCCUAAAUUGGCCAAUAGAAAUUGGGUUGGCAAAUAAGGCAGUCAGUUGGUUAAUUGAAUUUGAAAAGUUCAAGAAAACUGUUGCCUAUAGGAUCGAUGAGGUAAAUAAAUAA